GUGAUCCCAGAGACUCCACUGUCUAAAGCGCAAGCCCUGCUGACUGGCGUGCUUAAGAUCGUCAACGAGUGUAGGAACCACGCAUUCCGGCUACAGCCGCUGAAAAUGAGCUCAGAUUUGAUCAGCCAGCUCUUGGCUGUUGGGGUGAAAUUGGAAUCCCUGGCAAAUCAGCUUCAAGAAAACAUCAAGAAGGGCAAGGACAAGAACCGCUACUACGUUACCAUUUUUACGGAGGUUGACAAGUAUUCGCGGAUGGCUCGUGAGCGAAUAGAGCUGGGCAAGGCUUUGGUGCGGGCGGCCGAGAAGGCUGCGAACCCCAAGGCUAAGCCUGCUGCCAAACCAGCAAAGAAUGCCACAGGCGAGCCAGCCUAA